AACGAUAUCUAUAUAACCAAAGAGAAAGAAGCGUGAUCUCUUUCUUUCUGCCCAUCUAAAGGUAGAUUUGUCUUCUGUUCUCGAGACCACGUGUAAAGCGUAAAUUAUGGAUAAACCAGUAGUUUUGGCACGUGUUAUCAAAGUCUUGGGUCGUACGGGAUCACAGGGACAAUGUACACAAGUGAAAGUGGAGUUCCUCGGCGAGCAAAACCGGCAAAUUAUCAGGAAUGUAAAGGGUCCAGUACGCGAGGGUGAUCUCCUAACCUUGCUCGAAUCUGAGCGUGAGGCAAGAAGACUCCGAUAACUGGGACAUCUUGAUCGACGUUGAAGAAAUCGUUACUGGCCAGCCCGAAUCUUGUUUCCCAGGAAUUGACUAAGUACCAAGAACUAUAUAAAAAACAUCAAUCGUGGAUGACGCACAUCUCGACCCACGUGCUUCUCGGAUCGAAGUUGGAGAUUUCUUGGCAUGUUCAUCAAUAUCCACAUAUAACACUGUUUCUUGAGAAGAAAUAAUGGAAUAAAACUACAGUUUUGAAACAUUCCUGUUACAUCAAAAUGCUACCUCAAUAAAUUUUGGCUAGUAACCACCAA